GCGCUUAAUACCAGUCAGCAAAGAUGGCGUUGAGAGAGUUAUCCUCGCUGGAGAAGUCCCUUGGACUGAAAAAGCCUAACAAAUACAGCACACAAGGCGACAAAAAGGUCCCUGUUCUCCAGAGCAACAAUGGGCCCAGCUUGACCGGGCUGGUGACCAUCGCCACUCACCUGGUCAGGGAGGCCGAGCGGCCCGAGCUGCUGGGCGGCUCUGCGGAACAGAGGGCCGUAGUACAGCAGUGGCUGGAGUACAGGGUGACCAAACUGGACAACUGCCCAAAGGAGGAAAUCAAGACCGUCCUUCAGGACCUCAACCAGUAUCUGGAAGAUAAGGUGUACAUGGCCGGAGACACUUUCACUCUAGCAGACACCCUCAUGUACUAUGGAAUCCAUCACAUGAUGGUAGACCUGGCCAUCCAGGAGAAGGAGAAGCACGCAAACGUGUCCAGGUGGUUCGACCACGUCCAGCACUACCCCGGGGUGCGGCACCACCUGCCCCUCGUGGUGGUUCUGAGGAAUCGCCUCUACACCGGCGGGCACCACUGAGAGCGUCGUCCCAGGACGAGGUGGUCACUGGCAGCCCCUCCAUUGGGUGGGAGUGUGUGUGUGUCGGGGGGCGGGGGGAGGGGGUGCCAUUUUGUCCUGUGCCACCCUGUGCACCCUGCUUCACUCCCUUGCCCUCAGCGUCAGCAGUCAGGAUAGCUGACGCCCAGGUGCACGGCGUGAGCGGCAGGGAAACCCGAUCUCGCUAAAUCUGUCGGUGUCGGCUGGCGUUUGGCUCUCUCAUUUCCUAUGUUUUUGACGGUGGUCGAGGGUGUCUUUUUUUCUGUGUAUUAAAAUAUUUUUUAACAAUUAAAGAGGUCGAAAGGAUCAGAGUAUCAGGGGACUUUGUCCAAGUGCUGCUAGGAACACAACCCAGAAAGGAUUCUUGUCUAUAUGAUAGUUAUUACAUGUUAUAUGGCUGUCCAUUACAGUUUACAGUAACAGUUCAUGUGAACAUUCAGUCUAAUCUCAGCUGCGAGUGAAAAGAACACUUAAGGCAGUGGGAAGAGGUGAGAAAAGGGAAAAUUUUUGCAAUCUUUUUGCACAUCUAAAGGCUGUUAAAUCUUAUUCUAACAAUGUUCCCUUUAUGCUGAAUAUCCAUUUUCCCUAGUAAAUGCCACAUCCUUUUUUGUGGCUACGCUCUUGAGAAAGUUUCCGCUUUGCCUAUGCACUUGGCCCUAUUUUUGGUACAGAACCUCUAGCAGUGUGGGAUGCAGCCUCCAGUCGAAAUCAGAGUUACUUGAAUCAAUCAGCGUGUUUAUGCUGAAGGGGAGAGGGCAGCUCACCAGCUGUAAAAAUGGAUCCAUAAUUGGCAGGGUUACUCUGUCUAUGGGGCCCGGGUGAAAACAAUGCAUUGUGUGUCACUCCUUUAGUUUUUUCCCAUUCGCAGAGCUGGAGGGCGGGAAAUCCUUUUAUGUGCAACAUCCCAGUGUUUGCAUGCCUUGCACAAACAAACUUGAUUCAUCUAUUAGCAGCUUUCGGGGGUAUUGUCCGUCCCUGGACGCGUAUGUUGAACACUAGCACCACAUGGGGAAAAAAAUGCUCAUUCCUCAAUCGUUUACGUACAGUACCCAAUUCUCCACCUGCUGUAUCCGUACGAGUUUCACCCUUUAAUAAAAAGUCAUGGUGAAAUCUGUUGUCUUUUCCUGUUUCUUUGGGAUAAGAUACAUUAAUUGAGACCCUUGCUUCUUUGGCCUUUUCGCUGAAAUGCUUCCAUAUGAGCCUUUGUAUCGUAACUGGUGCUUUACCGCUAUUAUUAAUGGUGUUAAAUGUCAACAGAGUGUUGUC